UUGUGCUUGCCGCGAGAGGUAUCGGAAGACUGUUUCAUCGCAGGGGAGCGAGAGCCCAGUGAAGAGCAAGACGCCUUUGGCGAAACAGAUUCUGCGUAUGAAAGCACCCUCGCUGACAACGACUCUUCGAGGCCGGAGGCAGAAAUUGACGAUCCAGGCGACAACUACAAUCGUCCGGUUUCAAGAUUCGCAAUGGCGGUCGCCACCGCCCCACUCUCAAUAGAAUCCACCAUUGGUGAGUCCCCACCGGACGGUGCCUCGCGUACUGCGAACCCAGAGGACGCCGCCAUUGCCGAACUACUAGAACGAGAGGAAACCAGUAUGCAAGCCAAUACGGAUUUCGAUUUUGGAUAUUCCCGCGAAGCCAAUGGGGCCGUGCUCGCUGACGCCGAGACACACGAGUAUGGCGUAGAGCUCGAACACGUCAACGGUUCCGGCUUCGACGACUUUGACAGCGGAGAAUACCAGGAAGUCGAAUCCGUUUCAGAUAUUUCACAGCAGUACGACCAGCAAGAGGAAGAGGGAGGCUUUUCAGGUCUGGCGGUGCGACUUCUCGGCAAGAACAGAGAGCAGUGGGCGAAGCCGUCAAUCGAGAUGCUGGAGAGUGUGCAGGACCGUGGCGUGCCGGAGGACCAGAUCCGUGAGACUGCGGAGACCAUUCGCCAGACGUUUGCGGAUUACGAUAUUGAGGUGGAGAUCGGCAAUAUCAAGUACGGACCUACGGUCACGAUGUACGGAAUAAUUCCCGGCUGGGUGAGGCGAUACAAGCAGGUCAAGCUCGAGGACGAGUUCGGCAACCCAAUAAGGACCAGAAUGGCAAGCAGGUAG